AAUUAGUGUUAGUGCGAAAAAAAAUCAAAGAUGUACCAAGCUUUGAUAUUGUUCAGCUCGGUUCGUUCCCAAGCCCAAAUCAUGAAAGCCCAAGAAACAGGGUCCAGGCCCAUUCGAAGCUUUCAACUUCUGCGAUCGUCUUCUUGUGCCAACGAAGAAGAGAGAAAUUCCCAGGACAGAGAGAAAUUUCGCUCCAAUGGAAGAUUCCGAACCUAGAUAAUGCUCCUAUCAAUCUCACAUCUCUCAGAGAACAGUCACAGAAGGAGCUCCUAAACAUCAUCAAGAAUAUUCGAUGGAAAAAGUGCUUGGUUAUUGAUCCGAAGCUCGGGAGUUCUUUCUCAUCAAUCAUACAAACUUCGCUUCUAAAGGAACAUGGGGUUGACUUGCGGCAUCUUUCAGCUGAACCCCUUCAAACUGACUGCACCAAAGUGGUUUACCUUGUCCGUUCUCAGCUUGAUUUAAUGAAAUUCAUAUGUUUGAAUGUUCACGAUGAUGUAUCGAAGGGACUUCAAAGGGAAUACUUUGUUUAUUUUGUCCCUCGCUGCACAGUUGUAUGUGAGAAGAUCCUUGAAGAGGAAAAUGCUUAUAAUUUGAUGACUAUAGGGGAGUACCCAUUGUACAUAGUUCCAUUGGACGAGGAUGUAUUAUCAUUUGAACUCGACCUUGCUUAUAAAUUUUCUUUUGGAGUGAUACCAAACGUGAGAUCCAAAGGCAAAGCAUCAGUGCGUGUUGCAGACAUUCUAAACCGUAUGCAAGCAGAGGAACCUGUUAACUCACCUGAUAUGGUUGUGCCAGAGAUAAAUACACUCAUCCUUUUAGAUAGGGAGGUGGACAUGGUUACUCCUAUGUUGUCUCAAUUAACAUAUGAGGGGCUACUUGAUGAGUGUCUGCAUGUCAAUAAUGGUUCUGUGGAGCUGGAUGCAUCUAUCAUGGGUCUCCAACAAGAGGGAAAAAAGAUAAAAGUUCCACUUAAUUCAAGUGACAAGCUGUUUAAGGAGAUACAGGAUCUCAACUUCGAAGUUGUUGUCCAGAUUCUACGUCAGAAAGCAACAUCCAUGAAGCAGGACUACACAGAAGUGACAACAACUACACAGUCAGUUUCUGAAUUAAAGGACUUUGUCAAAAAGCUGAACUCAUUGCCAGAAAUGACUAAGCACAUAAAUCUUGCUCAGCAUCUGUCGACAUUCACAUCAAAGCCAGCCUCUCUUGGGCAACCUGACAUGGAACACACAAUUGUUGAGGCACAGAGUUAUGACAUAUGCUUUGAGUACAUUGAAGAAUUGAUCCAUAAGCAGGAGCCUCUUGUCAAUGUCCUACGCCUUCUCAUCUUAUUUUCCAUUACAAGUUCUUGGUUGCCCAAAAAGCAGUUUGACUAUUUGAGGGGAGAACUACUCCACAGCUAUGGAUUUGAGCACAUGGCGACACUGAAUAAUUUAGAAAAAGCUGGGUUGCUCAGAAAGCAGGAGUCAAAAAGCAACUGGCUGACAAUUAAACGUGCUCUACAACUUGUUGUUGAGGACACUGAUACAGCCAACCCGAAUGAUAUUGCCUACGUAUUUUCUGGAUAUGCACCUCUUAGUAUUCGUCUUGUUCAGCAUGCUGUGCGGUCUGGAUGGCGUCCUAUAGAAGAAAUCCUGAAGCUGCUACCAGGACCACAUUCAGAAACAAAAAGGGGCAGAUUCUCAAGCAGUCCAUCAUAUGACCCCUUGCAGGCUUCAGCUAAUAUAGACAAAGUUGCUGAUGGAAGGCGGUCUCUAGUUCUCGUUGUCUUCAUUGGAGGCAUAACAUUUGCAGAGAUUUCCGCUCUUCGAUUUCUCAGUGCUCAGGCGUGUCAAAUUUGUUGCAUAUAUGGAAUCUGUUCUUCCAAACUUCAAACUUUUGAAAUUUCUGAAGGUCAUUACCAGCCCUGAUUUGACUAACCGGUGAUAAUGGUCUUUUUGUUCUUGAAGUUAUACUGUAAAUGGCCAAUCAAAGAUUAAUUUUGUUACAGAUAUGACAAGUUUCAUGGAAUUGUGCAUCUUGCUUUAGUGUUCCAGACUGAUUAACCAGUUACAAUGAUGUCUAUUUUCAUCCUCAUUUUUAGAAGCAAGCUUUCUUGCUUUUCAUCUACAACCUAUAUAACACCUGAUAUACGCUAUUUCUUCGUACACAACAAGUCCAAAAGACAAUGUUUAAAUUUGGGUGAAAUACAUUGUUAAUUUUUGAA